AUGUCCUCCUUUCUCAAAGCAACUUUUGAUUUCAUCUUUCCGAAGAGUCGAGUCACUGGAAGACGACCUUUUCUUGUGGCAUCUAUUCUUUUUGUUUCAUACUUGACAUUAUUUUCACCUCGUGCAGGACAUGAAGCAAGUGGUGCUGACAUUGGACGUUCAACUCUGGUUUCGGAUCAAAUUAUUGCGGAUGAUGUAAACAAGAAGAUGAGGUUAUUGGCAGAAAGAAAGAAGUUGAAAGAACACAAAAGUACUCAUUUAGAUGAAGAAUAA